CCUGUCAAUACGACUUCGCCUCCUCCGCCACCGACUCCGAAAUGGGCUCAGCAUCCACGGCAUAGGCUUGGAGUAUCGUGCCUGGCCUUGGAUACAUCAACACAACUCGUCGGUCGCGCUUCGCCCGAAGGCAUUCUCUAUACGGCUGGACGAGAUGGUCUCGUUAUCUCCUGGGACCUCGGCAUGCCCAUGCAACGUCGAACACAACGGUAUGGUGCAAGCGGACGCGGCCUACGUCGUUGGGAAGUCAUGACGAACUGGGCGGACGAUGUGAUUGAGGAGGAGGCGGAAGAGGGCGAGGAGUUCCGCAGCGACGGAGACGUCCUUGGGGAGGUCACCGGCAAGGUUCGGAGGCGGAUCCCACCGGAGUCUUCGAUUCCAUACGAGGAGCAGUGGGAGACAGACAAGGAUGCCUACCAGGCCUCGAAGGCCCAACCGCCAACAACACAGUUCCGCCAAUCCGUGCAGAUGCACUCGGACUGGGUCAACGAUAUCUUACUAUGUAAUUAUAAUCAAACCCUUGUAUCAGGUUCCUCCGACGGCACCAUCAAGGCAUGGUCCCCCCAUUCGCAUGGCUCAAAUGCGCCAUUACAGGAACCCACCGUCGUAGGCACCCAUGCUGACUACGUUCGCUGCUUGACAUACUGCCGUGAACAACAGUGGGUUGCGUCCGGGUCGUUCGACCGGACGAUCAAGCUCUGGGAUCUGGCCACGGCGUCUGCGAAAGCCGACCCGCUCAUCACACUGCAUCCUCCAGAGGCCGCGGGUCCCAAAGCGUCCAUAUACGCGCUAGCGACGGAUCCGUAUGGCUCUGUGGUGGCCUCCGGGUCGCCCGAGCGUGUCAUCCGGAUGUGGGAUCCUAGGUCAGGCAAGCGAAUAGCGAAGCUCGUCGGGCACACCGAUAACAUCCGUGCGAUUCUCAUUUCGGAAGAUGCGAAAUAUUUGCUUACUGGGUCAGCGGAUGCGUCCAUCAAGCUCUGGUCACUCUCGUCUCAGCGCUGCUUGCACACCUUCACCCAUCACACUGAGUCUGUCUGGUCGCUCUCGUCAUCUCAUCCUGCGCUCGAGGUCUUCUACUCUGGCGACCGCUCUGGCUUGGUGUGCAAAGUCGACGUUGAGGGCUGUGCAGACGUUUCUGAGGGCGAGUGCAUCGUCGUCUGUCAAGACUCAGGCACGGAUCGCACUGGCUCUUCCCCGGGUGCUGAGGGCAUCAACAAGAUUGUCGUCAUGGACGACAACCUGCUCUGGACAGCAUCUGGCAGCUCGAGCGUGAAACGGUGGCGUUUACCGGCGAGAAGGGCUGUGAGGGCUGCGGCCCUGGGCGCGGAAGGUGCAGUGGAGAGCCCUGUGUACUCACCACCACCUCUGGAUACUGCGCGGGACUAUCACACGACCCGUUCGUCCAAGCGGAACUCUUUUGACUUCCCCAGCUCUCGCACAAAGUCGCCUGCGCGCUCGCCCUCCAUCACAUACGAGAAUUCGAGGAGCAGCAGUCCGCAGUUCUCCAAAUCCCACCGGGUUUCACUCACUCCUUCAACCAACACCAUACCCGCAAAUGUCGACCUCGACAUCGAUCCAGAGCGGGAAGGUGAGGAGACGUGGUACGGCAUUCCUUUCGACAGCCUCGUACGAUUGACAUCGCCCAACGACACUGGGUUCGCGCUGAGUGCCCGCUCUAUGCGCGGCCCGGACCCGGAGAUCGCCACACUAUACUCGGCGGCAUCGGUACUGAGUGUUCCCCGCAUGGUGCGCUCUCCAAUACCGUCUGGCAUGGUACAGCCUGCGGCGACCUCGACACAGUCGGCGCUACGGAGCGCGAGCCCAAUGCGCAGCGACACUAUCCACUCGCGCACGCGGUUCAACGAGGAGAGCCAGACGUUGCAAGCGUUCCCCCGGCCCCGUGCGGCAUUCGAUGAACGCGAAGUGGCCGCGGACGCGAUACCAUUGGAGCAGGACCCAGACGAGAUCAUCCAUGGGGACCACGGGCUCGUGCGCUGUAUCAUGCUGAACGACCGCGUGCACGCCCUCACUGUCGACACCGCGGGGGAGGUCGCGGUGUGGAACGUCGUCCGUGGCGCGUGCCUAGGUCGGUUUUCGAGCGAGGACGUUGCGGCGGCGAGUUUCAACGGGAGUGACGCGAGCUUUGCGGGCGGCAGCGAAAGCGGGAACGAGAAGCAGCGGAGCCCCCGCGAGGCACUAGAGACCGUACGGGAACGAAUAGAGGGCGAGGCGGUGGUCUCGUCGUGGUCUGCGCUGGACACGAAGACGGGCGUGCUAACAGUACACCUUAGCGAGAAGUGCUUCGAGUCUGAGAUUUACGCUGACGAGGCAGGGUAUGGGCCCGAGCGACAGUUUAGCGAGGAGGCACGAUUGAACAUCGGCAAGUGGGUUCUGCGGAACCUCUUUCAAGGCUUUGUACGAGAGGAGCAGCGACUUUCUUCCCGUCGUGCUCGCGAACGCAACUCACACGACUCUUCACAACAUCGCAUGCAGCGUGGGACCGCUCCGACGCAUAUUGACAUUGGCGCGCCGACAACCAGCAUACGAAGUCGGUCCUCUUCAGACGUCUCUGCCCGCAGCGCCACUUCGAGUCAUGCAGGGCCGAGGAGCGCUACGAUCGUUCUGGCCCCGAACAUGCUGCCUGCGGUGUCUCCGUCUAUUGCCCCAGCCCCGAGGUCUUCUCCGCUCAUGACGCCCAUGAUACCGUUGCACGGGAGCAUACGCGACUCAGUCCUCUCCCCAAUUCCGCAGUCGCCCAGCACCGCAGACGCGACGCCGAUGCCGCGCGGCACCUCGCAUACGAAGUCAGAGACUAUAGCUACACCUGGAGCACCACCCUCGUCAUUUCCACCCACGGGGAACAACGACUACUUCUCGCUGCGCACCCGCCGCGGAUCUGUCUCGACAUCAUCUGCUGGAGCGCCGACCCCACUGGCAGACGACUUUUCUGGGUGGGGCCCGGGCGGGAAGCCGGUCUCGCCGGCGGCGGCGUCGCCGGACGCGACGGCGAUGCCGACGCCGAGCACUCCGACAAUGGGAAGCAUCAUGGGUCGCCUGAAGGCGUUCGGGAAGAGCUCUAAGCGGCAGGCGAGCGAGACGUCGGGUGCUACGACCCCCGGUGGGACGCUCACUUCCGUCCCUGCUGGGAUGGCAUCUACGGAAUCUGUCACGACUCCUGUGGCGAAGACCCCGGCACAGAUCAUACUCUCUGGCCCGGUGACCCCACCGCCUUCGAGCGAGGCGCCUGCACUACCUCUCCCACCGCAUACGUCCAUCGUCAUCUCGGAGGAGGCGCCCUCGGGCUGGGUGACGCUCUAUAGGGGACAGCUCUCGAGUACCGCUGCUGAUGCUCGCCAGCUGGAGGAAAUUAUGCCGCUGUGGCUACUUGAGUGUUUGCUGCAGAACAAGGUGCCCUCCAUCCCGAUCACGAAGAUCAGCUUCGUGCUGUUGCCGUUCAAGGAGACAGACGGAGAGCAGUUGCCUGAGCUGUUGAACACGGCUCAAUCAAAGUUGACGGCGAGUCGGUUCCUGCGAGUGCGCAAGCUCACGAACCAUGUUCACGAUAAACUCGAGCGACUCGCCGCAGGAUUGCACUCCCCAGGUGUUCCCACCUCUGCCUCGGCCUCUGCCGCAGCGACGCCACGCUCCUCCUUCGACGCGCGCUCGCUGUCCUCUGGGCGCGCACGGUCAGAGCACGCGGAAGCGCGGGUGCGCCCGGAGGACCAGUACGAGAUCCUGUGCAACGACGUCGUGCUCCCGCUCGACAUGACCCUCGCCGCGGUGCGCCAGUUCGUGUGGCGACAAUCUGCAGAGCUCGUUAUGCACUAUCGCCGCAAGCGUGCGCUAUCCCCUGGUUCUGUCUAUAGCGGUCAUGGUGCGGUGCCUGCGCGCUGAUCAGGAGCUAGGUAAACGGGAACUGUGUGUACGCUUAUGUGUAAUGAUCUUGCUUGUUCAUCUUGUUUAUUCACUAGAGCUCGUACAACCGUAUUAUAUGUAAUUUUGGCGAGACUGGCUUUACUCUAUAUGGAUGCUAGUAGUUCUGUGUUGUAUCAGGCAUUGGGGCGAAAGCAGGGUUAGUGUGAGUUGUUUGGACCUACAGCUGCACAUG